UCGAAUCAUCAACAAGCAGCGCUCAGCUGCUCCAACAUCUUCUACUACUUCAUCCACAGAAAAGCACCAGAACACAGCCUUGUCACCAUGCAGAUCAAAGCCGUUUCUGCCAUUUUCCUGGCCUUCCUCCCGAUCUUGGUGUCGGCAGCCCCUUUUAGCCCCUUCAACCCCAGAACCCACGCCGGCACGUACAACAAAUCAGAGGACGGGAAGUGCGUGUGCCGGCCGAAGGAUCCAAAUGCUAUUCCCCUAGAGUCGCCGCCCGAGUCGAGGUUCCCCAGGGUUCAACCAAAAGCACCCUGGAAGCUCCCCGAUCCAGUCUGCGACGGUGCGUGCGUUAAUGGUGCAGACUGCAUCACCCAAGAGUCUGUAAGUUUGGGGCCUGCAUGUGGUGGCAUGAACUGUCCAGGCCCAAGACGCAGGCUCGUGUGCAAGCCCAAGGCCGAGGGCACGAAAUAGGGGCAGGAAAAGUCCGGCGAUACAAAGGGCGCCGAGAGCAAGGGUCCGGCGGACAAGGCGGUGGGAUAGUGGAAGCAGAAGCUGGCGGGCUCGCAGCAGCAGCAGCAGCAGUAGCAGCAGCCCGCGCAGCAGACCCCCAAGUGAGGAGCUUGGCGUCGCGGAGGCUUUGGUUUGAACCCCUAGCCUGUGGGGACUAUCUUGUGCAUGGGACCGCACGCGGGUUUGUUUGCUUGUGGCGUUGCGGCGUAUUUGGAUUUGGUGGCAAACAUUGAGGUUAGCGAGGCGCUGUGCCAUGGCUUCUUCCUGGCGCAAUACUGCAUUUUUUUCUCAUCAACAUCUUUCACUUCCCUCACGGUGGCGUGUUGUCCGCGACAACGGACCCCAGCCCUAAAUUGAUCUCUCCCAGCACAAUGCGAGAAUCGAGGCCACGAGGUGUAGGCCGGGAAGAUAGGGAUUGGAU